UUUGCGGUUUUUGACGACGGAAAAUACGAACUGAAGAGUGUGUAAUAUCUUAACUUCUAGACAUAUUGGCUUAGCAGUUAUUUCUCAUAUAAACAGAAUAUCGAUGUAAACAUUGUUGCUUUAAUAACUUCUUCUACAAUGGCAAUGCGAAACCUUCCAGUUUUAUCUUUUUAUAAAACAAUCCUUUUACUUUCAAGGAUUAUUUCUCUUUUAAAAGGUGCUAACCCAGUAAAAAUUGUUAGUCUCGACGUUCCACGCUGGGUUCCUAAUGGAACAAAUCAUGUGAUCUUAGACUGUGAAUACCGGUACACAGAGAACGACCUGCGACUGGUAGUAAAGUGGUUUUUUAAUGACGACUCUGAGCCAGUUUAUCAGUGGAUACCACAACUGGAGAAAAGACAUGUUGCUGAAUUCCUGCACGGAAGACUGAAUCUAAGCUACACUGCUAACUCUGGUGAUAGAUAUUCUCGCUACCGGGCCCUGUACAUUCUCAACCCUUCGAUUGAAAUGUCCGGAAAGUAUACAUGUCACGUUGCGUCAUUAGCAGGACAGGACUCCAGACAUCAAGAGAUGCUAGUUUUCAUUCCGGCUACAACGUUUAAUUUCAAUUUUACAAAAUGUUCUGACUCGGAAGUAAGUUUCCUUUGCAACGCCAGAGGGUUAUAUCCUCGUCCUCGGAUAUCUCUGAGCAUUCAGCCAUUGGACAACAAGGAACAGAAAACCUACAAGAAAAUUCAUAGUCGAGUGAACAAAAGUGGCGCCACCUACGAUGCUUCAAUAACUGGAAAAUUAUUUACUGCUGGUUUGGCUGGACAUCAGCCUCCUCUACUUGAGUGCAAAGUUGAAAUACCUGGAACUCAUUACAAAAUAUCCAAACAGAUUAGUUAUUUUCCAAGUCUGCACGAUACAAAUAAAGGUGAUCCUGGUCUUUGCUUCACGAAUGUUUUCCCCAUUAUCUUUGCAUGGCUAACCAGCCUACGACAUCUUGCUGCUGUUUGAAUAAGUACCAUAAAAUCAGACCAGUUAGGAUACUGAGAUUCACAGGUAAAAAAAGCAGGAUCUAAUGAAAUAAAGAAGUUUCAUCUGAUUGUAUCUGAAGAUGACAGGUUUUUGUUAUUUAUUCUUGUGCAAAAUGAAAACCGAAUCUAAAAUAUAGAUGCAAACCAUCUGUAUGCUAACAUAGUAUUUUUGUAAACCACCGUAUGGUUUUAAUAUAUAGUGUUUUGUGGUAAACAUAAGUAAUAAGUUUCUUACCGAGUUUAAUAACUCAGUGUAUUUUGUAGUGCUUUAAAGCAGUUCAGUAAGUUUUGUGGUGAUCUUAAUGAUUCAGGCUGUUUUUGCAAUCUCAAACAUUCAGUAAUUUAGUAGUGACAUUAAUCAUUCAGUAAAUUGUGCAUUGUGUUGAACCAUUCAAUAAGUUUAGCAGUGACUUUAAUCAUUCACUAAGUUGUGCAGAGAAUUUAAUGAUUUGGUGUGUUAUAUGAUGGGUUUGAUCAUCCAAUGAAUUUUUGUAGUGAUUUUAACAUUUCUGUAAGAAUUUUAUCAAGCUCAGAUUUUUAGGACGUCUUGAAGUGAGCUUAAUCCUUCAUCAAGUCUUUUAGAGAAGUUAAUUGUUCAUAAUUUUUUUAUUCAAUUUUUUAGUGAUCGAGCUUGGCACCAAAGUUUAAUAAUAAACAAACAUACCACGGCUAUAUCAACAAAAAACUAUUUAAUCGGACGUACCGGAAGUUGCAAAUUCUAUCGUUAGCAAAAUGUCAUAGAAAUAAAUUAAAAGUGUGAUAUAAAAAAGAGGAAUAGUAAUUUAUGUAACAUAAAUAUUGAUAUGUGUUAAGAUCUGUAAUUUAGGACAAUUAAAUGUAAAACUACUUACACUUAUAAUUGGGUGUAACAGACGAAUUUUAAAUAAAAAAAUGAUAGGGGAAAGAAUUUAGGUUACUGUUUAGGAUUGAUAAUAGUCUGUAAAUGGUAAACUUUCUUUGAUCAUUUUCUAACGAACCUUAGAUAAGGAUACUUUUUAAUUUAUUUCCAUUACAACUCGUCGAUAAGUGAAUUUGUAAGUUACGAAACUUCCAAUUAAAGAAAUAUUUGUUGAUAUAGCUGAGGUGUUUUUUUCUAUAUUAUUAAGAUUGUAUCGUACUUAACUAUUCGAUAUAAUUUAUAAUGAGUUUAACCAUUCAGUAAGUUUUGCAGUGAAAUUAAACUUUAGUAAGCCCUCGUAGUGAGUUUGAGCAUUCACUAAUUUGUUUGUUGUUUAAAACAUACUAUAGAUUUCAUUGGAAUUUAACCGUUCACUAAUUUUUGUAGCGCGUUUAAGCAUCCAAUAAGUGUUGUGGAGAGUUUAUCCAAUCAGUAAAUUUAGUGGAGAGAUUAACCAUUCAGUAACGUUUUAGUAAUGGAGUCAUAGAGAGAGAGUUUUGUAGUGAGUUUGACCAGUAACUUUUGUAGUGACACUUAGGAAGUGUCGUAAUAAAUUGAACUUUUUUUCUAAGUUAAUUUCAGUCAGCCUUAACUACUCAGAAAGUUUUGUAUUAAAAUUGUUUAUUCAGUAAACUGUGUUCUUAUCCUAACAAUCCAGCGAGUUUUGUAGUGAGUUAAACCAUUCAAUGAGUUUGUAGACCCAAUAAUUUUGUUGUGAGUUCAACAUCUGUAUGGUGACAUUAAUCAUUGUGAAUGUUUUGUAGCGAGAAUAAUCAUUUCUUAUAUUUUUCGUUUGUUUAACAAUUUAGUAUGCUCAAAGAAAACUUAUUCGUUGAGCAUGAUUUUGGUAUUUCACUAAUUUUUAUAAGGACGUUAACCAAUUCUUAUCUUUGAAAUAAAAGAAAGCGAACGUUAAAA